AUGGACGCAGCAGAGCAUGUUCACAGUUAUAAACACACUUUAAAUCUUGAUCCUUCUUUCUUCCAGUUGAUAUUAAAAGACCAGAAUGAGAGAUUACAGCAUCGAUUGGAAUCGCUGACAGGAAAGUUUGGUAAUUUAUCUAACACUAAAACUGAUCUGUCACAACAAUUACUGGCUAGUGAGGAGGAGAAACUAAAGGUGUCUCAGUCACUAGUUGAGAUGCAGAUAGAGAAUAAUAAGAUCAAGGAGGAUGCUGAAGCCACCAAAUUUGAACUGACAAAUAAGAUAAUAACGUUAGAAAACCAGUUAUUAGAGGCAGAAACAGAAAGAGAUAGACAUUUAAAGGGAGCUAAGAAUGCAAAGGAGAAACUGGCUGACAUGGAGAAAGAUAGGAAAGAUCUAGCUGAUGAAUAUGUAGGCUUGAAAUCAAAUUAUUCAGCUUUAAGUAAAGAACACACAAGGGAGGUUGCAAGAAAUGAAGAGCUAGCCAUUGAACUGUUGAAAUCUACUGCCUUGAUGAGACAAGUUCGAGUAUUAACUAAUGGAGAUACGACAGUUGGGGAUCCUAACGCUGAAAUAGCCAGAAUUAAAGCACUGGUGGCUAAAAACUCCAAUGGUCGUAUUCGAGUUGAUCAAAUUAUAGGUGAUCAGAGUGAUAGAGAUCGUACUGCAGAAAAUAUAUUGAGUAGGAACCGAUUCUAUGAAAAUGAGAUUUCCAGAUUAAAGAAAGACAAAGGCAAUGAUACUGAGAGACUAGAAGGAAGAUUGACUAAUAUAUACAAGGAAUUGACACAAGCAAGAAAUCUGGCCAGAGAGAGACAACAUCAAGUUUCAGAAUUAAAUGCUAAAUUGAUAAUAUUACGAGGAGAAAAUGAAUCUAUUCAGACUCAGUUAAAUAGAAUGCAACAUAAAGUGAAAGAUAUUGGUGAAGAUUAUCGAGCUAGAUUAGUCAAAUAUAUAGAAGAUAUCUCAGAGUAUGUAGACAAGGGAAGUGGUGUGCCUAAUGCUGCAACUGAAGCCCGAUUGAGAGAAUACACUCAUAGUAUGUUGAAAGAUAUCAGACGUUCUCACAGAGACCGAGAAAAUCAACUCAGUCAAGCAGCUCAAAAUUACAAACAUCGAUUACAAAAUAUUCUACGUAAAUUUGAAGAAGUCUUGAUUGCUUAUAGAAAUAUGCGUCAACUGUGUGAAGCUCGUGGAAUAUCAGAGGCUGAUAUGGGACCUGACGAACAUCACCUCAAUUUAUCAGAUGCUGAUAUCCAGUCUGCUCAUUUGAAGGAAAUUGGACGUCUAAAAGCUGAAUUAUCUAAUAUGAGAUCGGAUAGUGAAUCUCAUAAAAUAAGGGUAAGCUGUGGGUUUUCUAAAAGAUUUGAUAAUAAUAAAGAUGGUCCUAGUAGUGAUUCGUGGGGAAGCUUACGUAAACAAAUGAGAGAGUUUACAUUGAAUACCCAACAAGGGUUAGAACAGGAGAGAGCCAGGUUACUCAGUGAAAAUAAUGUAUUAAAAGAACAGUUGAGAGAAAGUCAAGAUUAUAUUGAUAAUCAUUUAGUAAGAUAUAAAGAAGAGAUAUUAAGAUUAAGAAGAAUGUGUGGAAUACAGGAAGAUGCUGUAUUAUUAUCAGAUAGUGCUACACAUACAGUUAUCAGACGAUAA